GAGGGACUCUACACAUGUGGAAAACGAGUAACUGUUGCGCUUCGCCGUCUCUCUCCUUUUGGGGGUCUUUCCUGGACAGCACACAUCUGCACUGGAGGACGUACACCUGCACGCUCCCGGACUUUAAGUUCACGUGCAAGUCUCGAGUCUGAGAGCUGCAACCCGCAGUUACUUCCGCUGGAGUCGUAAUAAUGCUGGGCAGCGGUAAGUCAACGGCCUCCGGCCCCAGAGAGCCGAGGAGGAAAGGGGCUGAGAAGGCGGCGGACCCCAUUAAGAGGCUCGGGCUGCUGGACAAUGAGGACGUACGUGUGAUGAUGCAGGGCUGCAACAUGGUGAAAGUUCGCUCUUCGAGGUGGCAGAAGAGCCGAAAUCUGCGGCUUCUAGACGACGGACUCACUGUGUGGUGUGAAUCCAACAAAAUCUCCCGCAAAGCCAAAGCUCAGCAGACAUUCGCAGUGGCGGAAGUGGAGUGUGUGCGUGAAGGCUGCCAGUCCGAGGCGCUGAGGCGGCUGUCCGGCUCGGUGCCGGAGAGCAAGUGCUUCACAGUCGUGUUCAAAGGCGCCAGGAAGAGCCUGGACCUGCUGUGCCCCUGUGAGGAGGAUGCUCAGCGUUGGGUGCGAGGGCUGCGCUCUCUAAAGGAGCGCGUGGCCGACAUGACCCAGAAGCAAAAGCUGGACCAUUGGAUCCGAGGCUACCUGAGGCGAGCGGAUCAGAACCAGGACGGCAAGAUGAGCUACGACGAGGUCAAGCGGCUGCUCCAGAUGAUCAACAUUGACCUAAGUGAGCAGUACGCCCGCUGUUUAUUCAAGAGGUGUGACAGAUCCGGUGACGAUCGUCUCGAUCAUAUAGAGAUUGAGGAGUUCUGCCGGGAGCUGCUGCGACGGCCCGAGCUGGACGCGGUCUUCAGACACUAUUCAAGUAACGGUUGUGUGCUCGCCACCGCUGAGCUGCGGGACUUCCUGGGAGACCAAGGAGAAGAUGCCUCGUUGAAUCAUGCUCAGAGCCUCAUACUCACCUAUGAGCUGAAUGACUGGGCUCAGAAGAACCACUUCAUGACCCAGAAUGGAUUCACCAUGUACAUGCUGUCCCGGGAGAACGAUCUGGUUAAUCCCGACCACGCCGGAGUCUACCAGGACAUGAGCCGCCCUUUGGCCCACUACUUCAUCUCCUCGUCGCACAACACUUACCUCACCAAGGACCAAGUCACCGGCGCCAGCAGCACUGAGCCGUACAUCAGGGCUCUGAAUCAGGGCUGUCGCUGCGUGGAGCUGGACUGCUGGGAUGGCGAUAAAGGGGAACCGGUCAUCUACCAUGGCCACACUCUCACCUCCAAAGUGCCUUUCAAGGAGGUCAUUGAAACCAUCGCCCAAUAUGCCUUCAAGGCGUCACCAUAUCCACUAAUCCUGUCCUUGGAGAACCACUGUUCUGUGGAGCAGCAGGUUGUCAUGGCCAAUGACCUGCGCACCAUCCUGGGCAGCAGACUGCUCACCAAGCCCCUCAGUGCUCAGCCGCCGAAGGAUCUGCCUUCUCCCGAGGAGCUGAAGGGCCGUAUUCUGGUAAAAGGAAAGAAGCUGAUUCAUCACUUGGGCCAGCUGAGCAAGGAUGGCAGCUGUGCCAGCUUCUCCUCAAGCUCUGAAGAUGAACCAGCAAGCAGCAAUAAGAACACCUCUAAGAAGGAUCCCGCAAAGGUCUGUUCUAAGCUGAGCCCAGAGCUUUCAGAGCUGGUGGUGUAUUGCAGAAGUGUCCCCUUCCGUGGCUUUGAAAAUCCAUCUGAAAAACCUCCCAAUGAAAUGUCCUCAUUCUCUGAAAGUGAUGCCCUCAGGCUCAUCAAAGACUCCGGGAAGCUUUUUGUGAGACACAACAGCAGGCAGCUGAGCCGGAUCUACCCCUCCGGCCAGCGCCUCCAAUCAUCCAACUAUGAUCCUCAGGAAAUGUGGAACGGUGGCUGCCAGAUGGUGGCCCUGAACUUCCAGACUUCCGGGGAGCAGAUGGACCUGAACCAGGGUCGCUUCCUCCCCAAUGGUCGCUGUGGAUACGUUCUGAAGCCGAGCUUCCUGCGCAGCCCGACUUCCGACUUUAACCCAGAGAUCACGGGUGGAGGCCCCGGUCACAUCCCCACCCAGCUGACUAUUCGAAUAAUAUCUGCGCAGCAGCUGCCAAAAAUCAACACGGAGAAGGCGAGCUCCAUUGUGGACCCACAAGUGUGGGUUGAAAUUCACGGGGUGGAUAUUGAUAAUGCAAGAAACAAAACCCACCGCAUUGACAACAAUGGUUUCAACCCGCGAUGGGACUGCACUCUGAGCUUCCAGCUGCAGGUCCCUGAACUGGCUCUGGUGCGGUUUAUGGUGGAGGACCAUGAUCACACUGCCAAAAAUGACUUUGUGGGGCAGUUCACUUUACCCUUCACAAGCCUACGAAAAGGUUAUCGACAUGUUCAUUUAUUGAAGGCAGAUGGUUCCAGUCUGUCGCCCGGCACACUCUUCAUCCACGUUAAAGUGACUCGCAAAGGAGCUCCCAUUAAAACUGUGUCCGAGCGUAUGGCCAUUGCCAAAGGCAAGGCGUGACGUGCAUCUGUACGAGAUGGAGAGCUGCAUUUUCUGACAUCAAAGGGCUUUGAGGAAGGAGCUCUGAUUGUUGCUGCCUGCCGGUCUUCCAGUCCAGAGCUAAAGUGGUCCAAUUUACACUCAGCCACUUCCCACUAGAGGAGGAGAGACGUUGUUUCUCUGAGACGAGGAAGCUCGCUGGAUAUUAGCAAAUGAAUUGCCUCUGGCUGGAUAAUUAAUCUGUGGGAGGAUCUGGGCUUGUCAGUGCUGAGUGCUCUGGAAACAGAGCGCCGAGGAUUGUGGUGGAAAAAAACAAUAUUAGACUUGUUACAAAAUACAUGUUAGUGGUGUUAACUCUCCUGUGUAGGUGGGUAUCCUAUUAUGUGUUGGACUGAAUAUGUGUUACUUCAUCUUUUUAUAUUUGAUAAGUAUUUUUAAAAUGUUACACUUCAGUAUUUGACUUAAACCGAAAGAAUGAAGAUAUUUUAACAAGAAACAACACUUUCUUAUCUGACCCUGUCUCAUUCAGGAAGCACUGAGGGAAUAGAAGCAUGUGAUUGAAAUGAUAAAUAUCACUGUUUUAUUAAUUAUGGUUUGAACACCAAUUGUUAUGUAAUAAUGAUUUAGAGUUAUUGUAAUGUUUCAGAUAUUGUCACAUGUUAUUUUAACCAUGAAGGAUGAACAAAUAAUGAAAUUGUUUAUUCAUCUAGUCUUACUUGAUACUUUAGAUACUUGACACUUUUAAUGUUAUGACAAUAUAUUUUCGCAACUUACAAAUGAACUUGAAAUUUAAACAGUAUUAACUUUAACAUUAUUCCGAAUGUUAAUUAUUGUCUUUGCCUUAGCAUCAUUUCACACACUUUAAAAUAAGUGUUUAUCUGUUGGCGAUAUUUGUUUGUCGGCUCCUUUUCCCCUUUUCUAUUAACAAUCCUUCAUAAUUAUUUGUGUUUGUUGACAAUUAUGAUCCCGACAAUCAUAUCUGAAGGUUGUGGUUAAACACAAAUUGCAACAAUUGUACAACACUGCCAAUUACUUCGGACUACAGUGAAUCAUGUAAUGCUCUUAAAAGUAGCUGAUGAUACAAUGGUGCAGUAAUGCAAGGUGCUGCACAUGGAUUACUGUAAUUACAGCAUAUAUGAUCAGGAUUGAUUUCAAUAGCAUGUAAUAAAUGCAGUAUGACUUUGCAGUGUUAAAGAGUAAAGCUUGUGUUGUGUGAAUGGCAGUUGAUAUUAUGUAUGCAAGAGAAAAGACUGUUUUCAUAAAAGCACGAAUAACACA